CAUGACCGCUAUUACGCACCCAAUUUGUCAAUUAUGAAACAUACAGGUUAAAUUGAACACGGCUUGAUGGUCUAGCGGUAUGAUUCUCGCUUUGGGUGCGAGAGGUCCCGGGUUCAAUCCCCGGUCAAGCCCAAUCGUUUAUCAUUUUUCCACAUCAUUCGUUUUGAUUCUGCUCACGUACAUCAUCAUGCAAUUAAUCUGGGGACCUGGGUGUUGUUUUAUCGUUUGGUUUGAUUUUGCAGUUAUUAAACACAGGUCUUGUGGUUUGCAGAAGGUGUUUCCUUCUCUAGGUUAGUUGGGAUGACCGUAAUAGCACCAGUCACGACUAGUAUGCCUUCUGUUAAGGCAUAAAAGAAUUGGAUCUUCUUAAGGAUAUAGAUGGCCCGCUGGUGUUAUGUGUCUCGUCCUAUGGUUCUGC